GUCCAACGAUGGAAGGCAGCCAGCAGUCGGUGUGAAUUGGCGACGCCAAUGUUUGACCAACAUUUUUGCAAAUUCCUGCCAAGAAGACGACGACGACCUGGGUGUCUCGGGACGCGAAGUUCAGUUUACGCGAAAAUCGCCAACGGGUCGGAUCGUUGGCACAAGUUACGUGCUAUGGGUGGUGACUUUGAGUGGAUUAUUGGUGAUCAGGAAGAUGCUACUGCGACGGCAGCCUCGAGUUGUCCGAGAAGGAAGCCGGAAAGGCUUAAUACACUUGUCGAGGAAUCAGUGAGCAAUGCCAACUCCACCCAGUCGGACAUUCAAAUUGUGGUCACGCAACCCCCAAGACCGGACGCAUCACCCCAGAAGCUUACCCCGAACGCAAGCUUUGCGUACCGUCCCGAAAGUCGACGCCACACCGGAAACAGCCUGCUCAGCACGGACGAACAGUACGAUGGCACGUCGCGGCGACCUUCCUUGUUUGCGGGACUCCGACGACCUUCGUUCAACGUCCAGAAGAAACACCUGAUGGAGUUCCUGCAACGCCACGGCAGUAAGCUGUCUCUUAACAAGAUGAAGGAUGACCUUAAGGUGCCAGAACCACCGAUAGUGACUGAGUUGAGGAAUAAAAAUCGAGCCAUUGCAGAGGAUCACUUCAGUACCGCCAUCUCGGCACUGUACGCAAAACUGUUGAUCGUGCUCGGGCUGGCCUUCCCCAUCACGGACGUGGUGUCGGACAAGUCGCCGCACCACUUCUACCACGGCUUCUACCUGUACCUGUACGUCGUGAGUGUGCUGUUCGUGUGCUUCAUGUACGCGGACAGGUUCCGGCACCGGGCCCGGCUGAGCUACGUGCUGCAGCAGUACGAGGGUCAAACCGGCCUCCCGGACAUGCUCAAGCCCAAGCCCGUUCAUUUCGGGUCGUUCUACCUGCGCGUCGGAGCGAUUGCCUUCGGCAUCGGCAGCAUGGUCUACUCGGGCCUGGAGUUUGGCCAGUACUUUGAGCUGAAACUCGACGAAAGGUGUCACGACGUUCUAAUUGCGUUAGUUCCGACGGCCCGGAUGGCCCUCUGCAUCGUCCAGAUGCAGUUCAUCUUCUUCAGCAACGGCAAGUUCCACAUGGACCGGCACCGGUACGUGGCCCGGUUCGGCCUGAUGCACAUGCUGGCCACCAACGUCUGCGAGUGGCUGUACGUGAUUAUCGAGGAGGCCAAGCACGAGAUUGUCCACAUUGCCCAUGCGGCGGCGCACCAAUCAACCCCGGCCAUCGUCCCCCCGAUGGCAACAGCUCUAUCGAACGGCCCUGGCCAUCAUCACGACGACCAUCAUCUGGUUCGCCGAUCCAUCUCGGACCUGUCCGUGUCCGUCGAGUGCCAUCGGAGCAACAUAAUGGGGUCAUUGGUUCAGAACGCGGCCCCCUUCCUGUUUCCCUGCACCAUCGAGUACUCGCUCAUCUGCGCCGUCAUUCUGUUCGAGAUGUGGAAAAAGCUGCGCGGUUCGGGGCCCGGAAAUGGUUCGCGAAAGUGCUCCCGGAAGAGUCUCACCGGCAAGAGUGCCCACCUGCUGUCGAUUGACUGCUCCAAUACGCAGCGAGGGAUGUUCAGCGGGAUUCUGAUCAUCGUGCUGACGAUUAUCGUGCUCAUCAUGUACUUUGUGCUAAACAAGGAGGUACCGUAUCGACGAAUCGCAACCAUGGAGGUGACGAUCAGCGAGAUCAUCCUGUACUUGCUCACCGGUGCAGCGGUCGUUUGGGCAAUCCACCGAAUGCGCGAUCUCAAGUUCUCCCAGAAGAAGGGUGACGCCGGCAUCAGCCUCGACUGCACCCUGCUAGUUCUCGCCCAAGUCGGCAUCUACAUCUACAGCAUGUUCUCCAUCAUCGGGACGUUCUUCUCGAUCGGAUCCACCGCUUCCGCCACCGUCUACUCGGUCUACGCCGAGAUCUUCUCGCUCAUCCAAACCUCCCUCCAAACCCUCUUCAUCAUGAACGCCUGGUGGCGUCGCUGCAAGGGAGCCCAGCAAAACCGAACGAAGCCUGGACGCGAGAUCAUAACCUUCCUGCUGAUCGCCAACAUGGCCAUGUGGUUCAUCAACACGCUGAUCAAGACGAACGCCAGCUUCCGGCCCACGUUGAUUGACUUUUACGGGCCGUGGGCGUGGACCAUCAUCACGCACGUCUCGAUGCCGAUGGCCAUCUUCUAUCGGUUCCAUUCGACGAUCUGCCUGUUUGAGAUCUGGAAGAAUACGUACAAAGUGAGGUAUGAAUCCAAUUAGACGGGGAUAAGGUGCUGUGGGUACCAAAGCAGAACUUGUACAUUAUGUGUAGAAUUUGUGUGAUAUAGUUAUUAAAUAGGGUUGUGCUACUAGGUAGUGUCCAAAUAAUCUAAAGGAAAAUAAACCAUUUUAAUUAA